GGUGCGGGCGGUGCCGGAGGCCGGGCGGGCUCGGAGCCUAUGGAGGCGGCGGGGCCGCAGAUCGGCCCGGGCGGAACGGAGGAGCCGCAGGCGGGAGCCGAGGAGAUUGACAUGUCUUUGGAUGACAUAAUAAAACGCCAGAGGAAAGAGCAAACAGAUGACAGCACCACGGGAGACAGGCGAAGGCAGCAGGUCAAGAACAGGAAUUGGGUGUAUGGGUAUGGACGACCCCGUUUCCGUGCCUGGAAGCAGAGAAAUUUGCAAGGACCUAAUUUUUUCAGAAGAGGGUUUGGACAGCAACAGUACAAUCGGAGACAAUUCAGGAAUCCUGUUCCUGGUCCCAGAAGAGCAUCUGCUUCAUUAGAUGGAGUGAGCCCUUUAAAUCGACAGGCAUCAGCUCAAGAGGGUAACAAGAACAAGGAUGCUUUCACCAAAAGCAGCAGCAGUGCACAACCAGAAGGACAGCAACGGCCACCCCUGGGCCCCAAGAGAUUCAGAGCAGCUGCUGGCAGUACCCACACUCCAGGGAGAAGGCCUUUCCUGCUGAACAGACGUCCAGCCUUCCAGCACAAGCAGCAGUUCUCCAAAGUCAUGUUUCAGAGACGGCAGAGGGAUGCAAAUGGACAAGGGAAACUACCAAGGAUGAGAAGCAGGUGGCGAGUGAAACCCAGCCCUGGAGCAGUUCUGACUGUUUCUGUGGCUAAUCCCCAGGCGGGCAGGAGUGGCAUGCCUGGAUCCAAGCGCCCAUUCCUGCGAAGCCAGCGGCCCCCGCUGCAGGUGGCCAAGCCCCAGCCCAAGGGGGUGCUACUGAGAUUCAACUUCCGUGCAAUGGCCAACCAGACCAGCCUGACGCUGGAUGAGAGGUUCUCUGGUUUGAGGAAUAAGAGGCGCUUUACAGCAGCCAGGAGUGCCGGCCGGAUGGUCACCAUGCCUUAGCUCCACAUGCUCAACACAGGGCCUGCCCUAAACAGUCCAUGCCCUGCAAUGGGUAGCUCAAUAAAACUCAGUAGAUUUCCUCUGAGAUAGCUAAUUUGGCAAUGUGCUGUCUCCUUCCUUACGUGUUGAAUGAAUGAGUGGUUGGGGGCAGGGAAGAGGCAGGAUGAGAGUUGGGGUCAGGGCAGGGUGGUGGGAAGCAAUGGGUGGAGAGGAAUUUGCUCAGAGUGCUGUGCCAGGGAACUGCAGGGCUGGCACCAGUCCUGUCCUGCCAGGGCACCUUGUGCUGCUGGGGCUCACUCCUGCAAGAGGGUUGGGGCACCAGCUCCAAGCCAUACCCAUGGAGCAUUACCUGCAUUGUCCCAUAAGUGGGACAGGGGAGGACACUGCCUGCCUGUGUGGGAGACAGUGGGGAGCAAAGCAUGCACAUGGCUGACAGAUGUUCCCCAGCAGUGGCACCAGUGGAGUUGCUCCAGCUGCCUGCAUUCCCCAGCAUCCACCUAAUUGCCCAAUUUGUUGUGUGUACAGGCAUUCCUACCUGGACUUUUGCAGCUUGCCCCUCCAACCUGAAAACAUCUCUACCCCAACAGGUGGGCCCAAACAGCUUGUUUCCCUUUGGUUUGCUGUGAUGUUCUGAGUACUGCUGCUGGCCCAGUUGCAGGGACAGAGCAAGAUGUGCCAUGCCAUGCUGCCAAAGUGACUGUCCUCCACACAGCACAGACAGACUCCCCCAGCCCACAUCAGGUUUUCCAGUGUGAUGUAGCUCUGCAUUAGAGAUUUCAGAGAUGCAGCUCCCCACAUGUUCAAAGCACCAGCAUAAUCAAACUAGCAGCUGCAGGAGGGAGGCCAGGCUCUACAGCAGCCUGAUAAAUACUGGCUGAGAUGUUAAUAAUCUGGGUCUAGAUGUUUGUCAACAAAGCCCUGCACCAACCAUGGGUCAUUGACCCAUUCUCCACCCACUGCUGCAACCCUGCACUGAGCAUGCUGGACACAAUCUAUUACUGGGCUAAGAGCUAUACUUAAAGUAAAUAUUUAAUAGACUGCUUAACAUUUUACAAGGAGCGUUUUUAAUAAGAGAUUGGACUGAGUGUUGGUUUCACAGGAAUGUAUGAAAUGUUAUUUGACUAAGCGGUGAUGUACAAGUCCAAUAUACUGAUUAAAAAACUAA